AUGGUCCGCAAUAUCAUUGUUCUCGGAGGCAACUCCCACCCCGAGCUCCUUAACAGCGUUUGCAACAACCUCGGCCUGAACCCGUGCGAGCGCGUUCUGUCAAAGUUCUCUGUUGGAGAGAGUCGUUGCGAGAUCAAGGACUCUGUGCGCGGCAAGGAUGUCUUUAUCAUUCAGACUGCCUCUGGCAAUGUCAAUGACAACUUCAUGGACUUGUGCAUCAUGAUCUCUGCCUGCAAGACGGGUUCCGCCAAGAGAGUCACAGCUGUUAUGCCUCUGUUCCCCUACUCGAGACAACCCGACGUCCCCUACAAGAAGGCCGGCGCACCCCUCUCAAAGUCAGCAUCAGGGGCAUCCAAGAACUACACCUUUGAGAGUGUGCCUUCGACCCCGGGUCCUGGCAUUGCGCGCAGCAUGGGUCUUCCCAAUGGCAUUGACGGCAUUGCCUCUAAGCUGGCGAAGAGCAAGCUCAAUGAGGAGCGAUCCAAUGGAAUGAACGGCGUCGACCAUUCCAAGACCAAUGGCAACGGCCGUAACCACCACGAUUCUGUAUCCUCUCAGGUCAGCUACACCAACCACGACAACGAGCAACAGAACCGGAUCGAUGGCUUCCAGUCCAAGCCUGGAUACAAGCAGUGGGUUGCCCAAGCUGGCACCCUUGUUGCAGACCUUCUGGCUUGCGCUGGUGCAGACCAUGUGGUAUCACAUGCUAAUGAUUGCAGGAUGGAUCUCCACGAUCCUCAGUACCAGGGAUUCUUUGAUGUCCCGGUCGACAACUUGUACGGCAAGCCUCUCCUCAUGAGGUACAUCCGCCAGAACAUCCCCAACUAUAAGGAUGCUGUGGUUAUCAGUCCCGAUGCUGGCGGAGCGAAGCGCGCCACCGCGAUCGCUGAUGAGCUGGACAUGGCUUUCGCUCUGAUCCACAAGGAGCGACGUCCGACUAAGUACACCGAGCAGCGCAACGCCAGCAUGAUGCUGGUGGGUGAUGUCAAGGACAAGGUCUGCAUUCUCGUUGACGACCUCAUCGAUACCGGCAACACCAUUACGAGAGCUGCCAAGUUGCUCAAGAAGGAAGGUGCUACUCACAUCUAUGCCCUCUUGACCCACGGCAUUCUCAGUGGCGAUGCCAUCCCGCGUAUCAAUGCAUCCGCCAUCGACAAGAUGGUUGUGACCAACACCGUUCCUCAGAAGGACCACAUGCGUGCCUGCUCUAAACUCGAGUUCCUGGACGUCUCUCCGGUCUUUGCGGAGGCUAUUCGUCGUGUCCACCACGGCGAGUCGAUCAGCGUCCUUUUCCAGCACAACUAA